CCCAGCUUUCCUUUAUUUCUGUUCCCCUUUUCUUGAUCUUAGUACUAAUUAAUCCAUUCUUCCCCUAUCUUUCACUUGACCCCAUUUUUUAUCACCUUCUCUAGGAGUUUUACAUCUUACUCUACCUUAAGGUGAUUUUGAGAUUAGGUUGAAUAUAUUUGAAGUAGAAGAAGCAAGUUAUUACAAUGAUGCCGGGAAAUGGUGGGAGUGGGCAAAUCUCCGUUCCUCCGGGGUUUCGCUUUCAUCCAACUGAUGAAGAGCUACUAUACUAUUAUUUGAAGAAGAAGGUUUCUUAUGAAGCUAUUGAUCUUGAUGUUAUUAGAGAGGUUGACCUUAACAAGCUUGAGCCAUGGGAUCUCAAAGAUAGAUGCAAGAUAGGGUCAGGACCUCAGAACGAAUGGUACUUCUUCAGCCAUAAGGACAAAAAGUAUCCAACAGGUACUCGAACAAACCGUGCAACUGCAGCCGGAUUUUGGAAAGCAACUGGUAGAGACAAGGCAAUCUACCUUGGCAAUAAUGCCAGGCGAAUUGGCAUGAGGAAAACCUUAGUCUUUUACACUGGACGUGCUCCUCAUGGUCACAAAACGGAUUGGAUCAUGCAUGAAUAUCGACUUAACGAUGAUGAUCCUCAACUCCAGCAAGAAGAUGGGUGGGUGGUGUGCCGAGUAUUCAAGAAGAAGAAUCAUACAAGAGGUUUACAAUCUGAAGUAUUACACGAAGACGAUUACGAGAAUACUAGCGCACCAAACAAUCACCACUCCUCUAACCAGAUGAUGAAGCUUAGUACAAACCCUAAUACUUCUCCAACCCUAUACCCACAAAGGCAACAUGGUUACAACAUCCAACCAUUAAUGCUCCCUAACAACUACUAUAACACCGAUUACACUUUCGAUGGCGCCAUGCAUCUUCCACAAUUGGCUAGUCCACCCGACCCGAUAUCAGUCCCCGGUGGUAGUACUCUCUUCACUACCAUGGACAAUAUAUUGAGACUAAGUACACCCGCCGCCGGAGGACUGUUGAAUACUCAACAAUUGUUGUCUAAUAAUGGCGGCGAAUGGGGGUUCUUGGAUAAGCUUCUUGCAAAUUACCAAAGCUUAGAUCAACAUCAACAUCAACGUCAGCAUGAACAACAACAACCAUUACAAAACAAGAUCGUAGCUGGCACGCCGAAUCAUCAUCAUCAUCAUGAUCAUUCUUUAGGAAUGACCUCAACUAAUGCUCUUCAACUACAUCACCAGCAUAAGUUUUGUUGAUGUUUUGUUUUUUUUCUAAUUAAGAUCGUGUAACCUUGAAACUAAGGGCCAAGGGUUUAUAGACUUUUAUUUGCUAUCACUUUCUAGUUUGUAUUUAUUCAUUUUCUUCAUUCUACGGUCUGAUAAACUUAAUUAUUUAGGAAUUUAUAGUUUUAUAUAAAAAUAUGGCAAAUUUAUC